AUGUCGAGACUCGCAGACGACGAACACCGCUUCUUCGACGCGAACUCCCCGAAGUUCGACACGAUGUGGGCGCGUCUCGCCGCCGCCGCCGCACGAACCGCGCCGGAGACGAACCCGUGGAGCCUCGCGACGACGCUCGCCGCGUACGCGAAGCUGCCGCGCGCCGCUCGCGCGGUCGACGCGUCACAGUGGCGCGCGCUCGCGACCGCGAUGCUCCGCGUCGCGCCGCUCGUCGCACCAGGGUUUAGGGUUUAG